GAAUUUGAAGCGAGCAGCUCAGUUGUGUGCAAACGAAAAUCGAAAACUUUCGUGAAACAAGAAAAUAGAAGAAAUUAUCAAAUUAACAAGGAAAUACAGAGAAAUGAAGAGAUUAGGGGAAUGCAUGGAAGAAUUAACAAAGUUCACUCUCCAAGCUCACAUUAACAAAUCCCUCAAUUUUGAACUCCAACUUUCUCACCACUUUUGCUCUAAUCUCCUCCUCCACACUGACGCCACCGAUCCCAAUCCAGAUAUUUUGAAAGGAGUUCCUUCAUACCCUUUAUACAAGCCUUUGGCAUUGGCUUUGAACCAAUCCAUGGUUUCCGGGUUCAUUUGCAGCAGACAAGGGAAUUCAGCAUUGAUGUGUGAUGAGACUUCUGCUAAACAGAAGGAAGAGUGGAAUAAUUUAGUUUCAACUAAAGGACAUGAACUGAUAAAUAUUAUGAAUAACAUAGACUUUGAACUUCAUGUUCAGGAGCCCUUUUUUUCAAUGUUAAGAGAUGGCUUGAAGACAAUUGAAGGAAGGUGUGCAGUUGGCAAAUUUGAGAAUAUUGAACCAGGUUCUAGGAUCCUUUUGAAUAAAUGUUUGGUGCUCGAAGUUCAGGAUGUUCGUCGUUAUGCUACAUUUUCUGAGAUGUUAGAUGUUGAAAGUAUUUCCCAAGUCCUUCCUGGAGUUAAAUCCACUGAAGAAGGCAUGCAAAUAUAUAGGGAAUUUUAUACUGAGGAGAAGGAAAGGUCUAAUGGCGUCAUUGCUAUCUGUGUUUCAAAUUUGGUGGCUCAGCCCUCUAUCUUGUUGGCCAGCAUACUAUCCAAACUGAGUUAUGAAGGUGUUCAAGGCCUUCUGGGUCUUGCACAUACUACUGGAACAAUUACUGAUGCACUCCCCCCACCAAAAUCAACACUUCUUUCUUCAUUUAUGUUGCCGUAUAAUCCGGAUGUCAAAGGCAGUACCUUGACUCAAGGAGCGAGGGCUUUAGCUAAGCAUGCUGAUCGAAGUAGCAGUAAGUACUGGGGUAAUUUAAUUGGAAGUGAUUCUAAUAAAAAUAAUCUUGCAAUGGGCGACAUUUUGAAUUUAAUCACUAAUUCUUGCUGGUUGAAUGUGUAUACUGUUCAACCACAUGGUGAUGUCUUUGAGAUAAGGGUUGCUGAAGGUUACGGUGCACGCUGGUCAAAGGAUGGAUCUAAGUUCAUUGGAUUUCUAGAACCAUACAUGGAUGAUGGUCACUUAAAGGGAUGGAAGCAUUAAUAUGAUCCAAGAAACGUUUCCAUUGGUUUCCAAGAUUUAUAAGGUUAUCAAAUGUUUUUGAGUGAAAAAAAAAUCAACUUUGACUUGUUCUUCAAGCUUAUGAUAAAUAAAGCACAACACGUGCAGAUGAGUUACUCUUGGAGAAAGAGGAUGAAGUUUGGAACUGAUGCUAACAAAUUGGAAUUAGUGAAAGCAAGAGGGAUGAUAGGCUGGUGUGUAUAUUUGUUGGCCACUUCAUUCCGAUAGCCUUAAACCACACGUUGGAGUGGGAAAAUGAAGUAAGCAAGUUGUUUAUUUUGACCCCAUGCUUCGAAGCUGAGCUUUUUUAAGUAUGCUUGAAUAGAGGUGUAAUUGAAUUCAGUUGAAGC